UCUCAAGGUCCCAAGGUCUAGGUUUGAGGCUUCUGGCACCUGUGUAGCUGAUGCAGCCUGGGUAGCUAUGCUUGUGCGUAUUUACUACGCUCUGACAUCGCGGAAAUGCCGACGUGUCACGAUGCAAAUGAACCCUUGGAUGCUACUGCUACUCAUUUUGUUGAUGUUUCCGGCCGCUUUCCUGAUAUGGCAGCUUUGGCCGAAGGCUUGGGCAAGUGCAAUGGAAAUCAAACAACGGCAGGACCCCAUGGUGGUGUUUCAGAUUGGGAAGCUGAGACAGAGUGGCGCGUUCACCAAAUCAUCGGCACCCCCAGAGCCUGUCGAAUCAGUGGAGCUACCGCGUCCCAAAGUGGUGCCGGAAUCAUCAACGAGGCUGCCGGCUGGACUGAAGGCACGGCUCCGAGGUCAAAGACCGGAGGAAACUCACACGCCCACUGAGCCCCCUGAGCCGAAAGAGCCCAAGAAGCCCGAAGAGCGCGCUGUGAACCCUGCGGAAGUCAAAGCACUACGUGCACCGCGCACUGCUUCCACUGCCGCCUCCAAGGCCUCUGCAACCCUUUCUUCAAAUUUGCAUCCCAUGUACAAAACUCUCAUCAAGGAGUACCCGUUUCAGCCAGUUCGAAAUCAACGAGGCGAAUUGGUGAACAUCAUACUGGUGAGAUCCCCCUUCCGAUCCUCACGCCAAAAGGACCUUUUCAAUAAAUACAAAGACUCUCUGCUCUUUAUUGGCAUCAGCAGUUUUGAAGACUUCCCGCUGCCUCCGCCAAAUCCUUUCUCCGCCAAGUUUCCAGCCAAUACUUACGUUGGCUUGUUCCCUGGUUUUUUGCACAUGGAGAAGGAGCCAGAGAAGGUGUUUCCACCGCACGUCAAGCUUUUGUUGCUCUCCCAGUCUGACUUUGCCUUGCCGGCCAAAGGCCCAGCCAUGCCAAAAAAGUAUGACUUCACAUUCUCUGGCUCAGACCAAGAUGUCCACAGAGACUGUGUGGGGUGGUCGUCAUUUGCAAAAAACUGGACCUUUGCAAAGGAAGCUUUGGAGGUGAUGUGUUCGCAAGGCAUCACGGGAGUUUUAGUUGCAACCAAGGACAAGCAAGGCAGAAAGGCUUGCAGCAUACCUGCCAAUUGUGCAGGUAAGAUCACUCAAACUACCUUCCUAUCCCAAGAGGAGUUUUUCAAGUACGUGAGGCAAAGCAAAUUCUUGUUUGUUCCUCAAGUGCACGAUGCUUCUCCUCGCGUUACUACGCAGGCCCUGGCCCUUGAUGUCCCGUUGCUGAUGAAUCGCAAUAUCAUCGGUGGCUGGAAAUACGUCAACGAAAAAACUGGUGAAUUCUUCAAUGACCUGUCGGAUUUUCAAGAGAGCCUGACGAAGAUCCUAAGCAAGGCAGACAGACAUGAGUAUGAGCCUCGACGAUGGGUAUCAGCAAAUGCUGGAGAUCAGAUUUCUGGAUUGAAGCUGAAGAAGUUCAUCGAGGAGAACUUUGCUGAUCGAGUGAAGCUGCCCGACGACACGCAGAUGCUAUUUCCUUCUGGUGCAUGAGCGGACGUUGGUCAAAGGAGUCGCCAAUUGGCCAAGUCCAUCCGACUCACCGAGGACGCGGAGGCAGUAACAUGAUCAAUGAUCAACACCAGAUCACCACUACCGUUACCCUCAAGCAGUUGACGGAUGGCUGAGAAGCAUCGCAUCAACAUCUGAGCAGCCUAAGGAUGCUACCAUUGACAGUUGUCUCAAACUGGAACCGGGGAUUUGGAACAAAAA